GCGCGUGCGCCCUGCCGCCGGGCCCGCGCAGGUUUCUCUGGAGUCCCUGUCUUCCCGGACCCGGUGGGAGCCGAGGCCCGGGCGAUCUUCGGGAGGCGGGGGUCGGCUCGGCAUGCGUUGGGGGCUGCGUCAUCGCCGGCCGGGGCCAGCGGCCCUGGCUGCCGCCUGGACUUUGUGGGGGCCGCCCCGCCUUCCUUGUCGCCCGGGCUGGCGAGAGACUGCCCGGGGGCUUUUGGUGCGAUCAGUCACCGGGGCCAGCAACCAGCUGCAGAGCUCGAGUAAUGGCAGGUAUCGGGACACGGUGCUGCUGCCCCAGACCAGCUUCCCCAUGAAACUGCUGGGCCGCCAGCAGCCGGACACGGAGCUGGACAUCCAGCAGAAAUGUGGAUUUUCAGAACUUUAUUCAUGGCAAAGAGAAAGAAAAGUAAAGACAGAAUUUUGUCUUCAUGAUGGACCUCCUUAUGCAAAUGGCGACCCUCAUGUUGGACAUGCUUUAAAUAAGAUUUUGAAAGAUAUAGCCAAUCGAUACCAUAUGAUGAGAGGUUCCAAAAUACAUUUUGUGCCAGGCUGGGAUUGUCAUGGGUUACCCAUUGAAAUAAAAGUAUUAUCAGAAUUUGGUGGAAAAGCUCAGAAUCUUUCAGCGUUGGAAAUCAGAGAGAAAGCUAGAUCAUUUGCUAAAGCAGCAAUUGAGAAGCAGAAAUCAGCAUUUAUUCGUUGGGGAAUUAUGGCAGAUUGGAAUAAUUGCUACUAUACAUUUGAUGGAAAAUAUGAGGCCAAACAGUUGAGAAUGUUCUACCAAAUGUAUGACAAGGGCCUGAUUUAUCGAUCUUACAAACCCGUGUUUUGGUCUCCCUCAUCGAGGACUGCAUUGGCUGAAGCGGAGCUGGAGUAUAAUCCCGAGCAUGUCAGUCGCUCAAUAUAUGUCAAAUUCCCUCUCUUGAAACCUGCUCCUAAGUUGGCAUCUCUUAUUGAUGGUUCAUCUCCUGUUAGUUUUUUAGUCUGGACCACGCAGCCUUGGACAAUUCCAGCCAAUCAGGCUGUUUGUUAUAUGCCAGACGCAAAGUAUGCCGUUGUGAAAUGUUCAAAAUCUGGAAACCUAUACAUACUGGCGGCAGACAAAGUAACACCUGUUGCUUCUGCUUUGAAAACAACAUUUGAGGUUAUUUCAACAUUUUCAGGUGUUGAUUUGGAAAAUGGUACUUGUACUCAUCCUUUGAUUCCUGAUAAAGUCUCUCCUCUUUUACCUGCAAAGCAUGUGACCAUGACCAAAGGAACAGGAUUGGUUCACACAGCCCCUGCUCAUGGUAUGGAAGAUUACAGUGUAGCCUCCCAACACAGCCUGUCCACGGAUUGUUUAGUGGAUGAAGAUGGAGUUUUCACAGAUGCUGCAGGUCCUGAACUUCAAAACAAGGCUGUCCUUGAAGAGGGGACGGAUGUGGUUAUAAAGAUGCUUCAGGCUUCCAAGAAUUUGUUGCUGGAGGAGAAACUGGUGCACAGCUAUCCCUACGACUGGAGGACUAAGAAGCCAGUGGUUAUUCGUGCCAGCAAGCAGUGGUUUGUAAAUAUCACAGAGCUGAAGACGGCAGCCAAGGAACUGUUAAAGAAAGUGAAAUUUAUUCCUGGAUCAGCCCUGAAUGCCAUGGUUGAAAUGAUGGACAGGCGGCCCUAUUGGUGUAUAUCAAGGCAAAGAGUGUGGGGUGUUCCAAUUCCUGUGUUCCAUCAUAAGACAAAAGAUGAAUUCUUGAUCAACAGCCAGACCAUUGAGCACAUUGUUAAGCUGGUGGAACAGCAUGGCAGCGAUAUCUGGUGGACUCUCCCCCCUGAACAGCUCCUUCCUAAAGAAGUCUUAUCUCAGGCUGGUGGUCCCGAUGCCUUGGAGUACGUGCCGGGUCAGGACAUUCUGGACAUCUGGUUUGAUAGUGGGACUUCAUGGGCUUAUGUUCUUCCAGGUACGGACCAAAGAGCAGAUUUGUACCUGGAAGGAAAAGACCAGCUUGGUGGUUGGUUUCAGUCUUCCUUACUAACGAGUGUGGCAGCGAGGACGCAAGCCCCCUUCAAGACAGUGGUGGUUCAUGGGUUUACCCUUGGAGAAAAGGGAGAAAAGAUGUCCAAGUCUCUUGGGAAUGUCAUUGAUCCUGAUGUUGUCAUCAAUGGAGGACAAGAUCCGAGCAAAGAGCCUCCUUAUGGUGCCGAUGUCCUGCGCUGGUGGGUCGCUGAGUCCAACGUCUUCACCGAAGUGACAAUCAGUCCAUCCGCACUCAGUGCUGCCAGAGAAGAUAUUAGCAAGCUUAGGAAUACACUCCGCUUUCUUUUGGGAAACGUGGCUGGUUUCAACCCAGAGACAGAUUCCAUCCCUGUUAAAAACAUGUAUGUCAUCGACCAGUACAUGCUCCAUCUCCUGCAGGACUUGGCGAGCAAGAUUACCGAUUCAUAUAAACAGUACGAUUUUGGAAAAGUUGUUCGGCUGUUACGGGCCUUUUACACCAGAGAACUUUCUAACUUUUAUUUCAGCAUAAUCAAAGAUAGGCUCUAUUGUGAAAAGGCAAGUGACCCCAAACGCCGCUCUUGUCAGACGGCGCUGGUGGAGAUUUUGGAUGUGAUGGUUCGCUCUUUCGCGCCCAUUCUGCCUCACUUGGCUGAAGAGGUAUUCCAGCACGUACCUUACGUCAAAGAACCCAAGAGCGUUUUUCGCACGGGGUGGAUCAACACCAGCUCCAUCUGGAAGAAGCCCGGGCUGGAGGAGGCGAUGGAGAGCGCGUGCGCCAUGAGAGACGCCUUCCUCGGGAGCAUCCCCGGCAAGAACGCAGCGGAGCACGAGGUCACCCUGGUCAUCGAGCCGGGGCUCCUGUUCGAGAUAAUAGAGAUGCUGCAAGCUGAGGAGACCUCCAGCACCUCGCAGCUGAACGAGCUCAUGAUGGCUUCCCAGACGACAUUACUCCCUCAGGAACCACCCUCGAUGCCUGCAGAUGUCACUGAGCUUAGAGGGACAUUCCUGAUCAAUCUGGAAGGUGGUGACAUCCGUGAAGAGUCGGCGUAUAAAGUAAUUGUCAUGCCAACUACCAAAGAAAAGUGCCCUCGCUGUUGGAAGUACACAGCCGAGUCGUCCGACACGCUCUGUCCCCGAUGCGCCAACGCCGUGGGCGGCAAGUAGUGCCUCGCUCCGGCCGACAGCGGCUCCCGAGCGAGACCCCGGCAGGACUGCAUGCAGUGCAGGGGGCUGUUUACAGUGUCGGGAACAAAUGCAAGACUUAGGUGAUGAGUAAGUGGUGGAGGACGAGCAUAAAGUAAGAAGCCUAAGUUUUUCCUCUAACUGGACAACGGGUACCUAUACCAAUCCACACACGCAGAGGGACCGAGGUCCAGGACGGGCUCGUCCAGAACAGAACCUGAACGUGCUCACCUCCGUGUGUGGCCGAGCGGGGAACGUUUUAUAUCUUACAAAUCUUUUUGACUCAGUAUUUAAGUCCUGUAAUGUCUGCAAAUAAAGGCAUUCUGGGGAAUGAGUGCUGCGGUGGCGUCUGCCUGCCGGCGGUGCAUCGGGGGUGGCGCUCUGCCCGCUGCACGCCCCCGCCUCUCAGAAUAGCUAGUGGUUUGGCUGAAUCAGAAUGAAAACAUGAAAUCGGUUAUUCUCAGAAGAGGAACAAAACCUUAGCAGUUCGUACUUACAUCUGUGAAC